AACUCCUCCAAACACGAUCCUUCUGGAUACAAAGAUGUUUCCCGUGUUUGCUGUGGAAUUGAGCGCGAAUUAAAGCCAGGCUGGAUAAUUCUCGAUGUGGAGUUAUGGAUUUAUGAAGGCAGCGCGAGCUCGCAGUGUGAUCUGAUAUAUGAGGAAUAUUAAGCGCAUCUGAUGGAUGGAUUGAUGGAAGGAACUUUGAAGAGAUUCUGGGCCCGAGUGGAUUGAUUUCAUGUGUGUAAAUUAAGACUCACUGCGGAUUAGACAAACUAAUCAUAAUCAUGAAGGUGUGUUUGUCUCAGGUCUGCGUGUAAUACAUCUUAAGGAACAGCGGGAAAGAGUUUGGGAAUUGGGAAUGGCAGGAACGCUUUCAGGACGCUUCUGAACCCUUCCUAUGCGGGUAACCGUGCUGAGAUCUUGAGUUUGAGCUGAGAUCUUGAUCUGAUCUGCUGUCAGUCACCGGGAAUAUGAAGGAGAAGUCGAAGAACGCGGCGCGCACCCGUCGAGAGAAGGAGAAUAGCGAGUUUUAUGAGCUCGCCAAACUCUUGCCUCUGCCCUCGGCCAUCACCUCUCAGCUGGACAAAGCCUCCAUCAUCAGACUGACCACCAGCUACCUGAAGAUGAGGAUAGUGUUCCCUGAAGGUCUCGGCGAAUCUUGGGGUCACGUGAGUCGCGGUUCUCUGGAUAAUGUGGGCCGAGAGUUAGGCUCUCAUCUGCUUCAGACUUUGGACGGCUUCAUUUUUGUGGUGGCUCCUGAUGGGAAAAUCAUGUACAUUUCCGAAACGGCAUCGGUGCAUUUAGGGCUGUCACAGGUAGAGCUGACGGGGAACAGUAUUUAUGAGUACAUCCACCCGGCCGACCACGACGAGAUGACCGCAGUGCUGACCGCACACCAGCCGUAUCAUUCACACUUCGUCCACGAAUAUGAAAUGGAGCGAUCUUUCUUUUUGAGAAUGAAAUGCGUCCUUGCUAAAAGAAACGCAGGCUUGACGUGUGGCGGAUACAAGGUGAUCCACUGCAGCGGGUAUCUGAAGGUCCGUCAGUACAGUUUGGACAUGUCUCCGUUCGACGGCUGCUAUCAGAACGUGGGUCUCGUGGCCGUCGGUCACUCUCUGCCGCCCAGCGCCGUCACCGAGAUCAAGCUCCACAGCAACAUGUUCAUGUUCAGAGCCAGUCUGGACAUGAAGCUCAUCUUCCUGGACUCCAGGGUGGCGGAGCUCACCGGCUACGAGCCGCAAGACUUGAUCGAGAAGACACUUUAUCAUCACGUCCACAGCUGUGACACUUUCCAUCUCCGCUGCGCGCACCACUUGUUGCUGGUUAAAGGACAGGUCACCACUAAAUACUACCGGUUCCUGGCGAAGCAGGGCGGCUGGGUGUGGGUCCAGAGUUACGCCACCAUCGUCCACAACAGCAGAUCCUCCAGACCUCACUGCAUCGUCAGCGUCAACUACGUCCUCACGGACACGGAGUACAAAGGACUACAGUUGUCUUUAGACCAGGUGACGUCCACCAAACCCUCGUUCACCUACAACAGCCCCUCCAACCCCGCCAGCGAGAACAGACGAGUCGGCAAGAGCAGGGUGUCACGUACCAAGACCAAAACGAGGCUGUCUCCGUAUUCACAGUAUCCGGGUUUCCCCACGGAUCGCUCGGAGUCGGAUCAGGAUAGCCCGUGGGGCGGGAGUCCCCUCACUGACUCGGCGUCUCCUCAGCUUCUGGAGCAGUGCGAAGGCGUAGACUCCUCGUGCGUGUACCGACAGUUCUCCGAACCACGGCCGCUGUGCUACGGCCUCCCGCUGACCGACGACCACUCCUCCGGCGACCUCUACGGACACACUCACUCCGAGUCCUGCGACAGGGGGCGCUGUAAGGCCGGGCGGUACUUCCUCGGGACCCCUCAGCCCGGGCGAGAGGCGUGGUGGGGUGCGCGCUCCGUCCUCCCGCUACCCAAGCCCUCGUCCGAGAACGGGGACAGUUUUGAUGCUGUGAUGCCACACAUUGCCUCCAUCCACAGCCUGCAAGUGAGGGGUCACUGGGACGAGGACAGCGUGGUCAGCUCACCCGAUGGCGGCUCCGCGAGCGACUCAGGCGACCGCUACCGCGCAAGUCCUCAAGAGCCCAGCAAGAUUGAGACAUUGAUUCGAGCCACGCAACAGAUGAUCAAAGAGGAGGAGAGUCGUCUGCAGCUGCGAAAGCCUCCUGCAGAAAUACCUCUGGAGGCUACAAACGGUCUGGCCAAGAGCCACGGCCCGUCUUUUCACACGGACUUUCCCCAGCCGGGUUUGCAGGGAGGGGUGUGUCGGGGGCCGGCUCAGGGGAUAAGCCCCGCCCCCAGCCCUGUUCCUCUGUCCCGCCUCAGCAGCCCCAUCGCUGACAGACUGGGGAAAAGUAAAGACUUCAUGCAAAACGAGCUUUCCUCGUCCCAACAGCAGCCGCUGUCAACGUGCGGCGUCUCUCCGACCCCCGCGCUCUACCCCUCACAAACCCGCCAGUACCUGGAGAAACACACGGCCUACUCGCUCACCAGCUACGCACUAGAACAUCUGUACGAGGCCGACAGCUUUCGAGGAUACUCCCUGGGGUGCUCGGGCUCCUCCCAUUACGACAUGGCCACUCAUCUACGCAUGCAGGCCGAGCAAACGCCGGGUCAUAAAGGCACCUCCGUCAUCAUCACCAACGGCAGCUGAUGCUAAUCCAGCCACUCGGCGCUUCACUCGCACAUGCUAGCCUAGAUUUGCUUUCUCUUAACUCUUUCCCCACCAGCAUUUU